AUGUCGAUGAUUCUGCAAACGGUUGUUUUCGCAUGGAUAUUGUUUGCUGCUCAAAUAGUGUGCGGUCAAAAAAUCGACACAGCACAAUGCGGUAACACGACCGGAUGCUUAUGGGCACCGGAAGGAUGUGAAAAAAAAGGAAAUUGCAAGAUCACCUUCACUUAUAAGGUGAAUGGAACGGAUCUUCAAAUGGAAAUAUCGGGAACACCUGAAGAGGAAGAUGCAUACAUAGCUGUUGCAUUUUCGAAGGAUAACAAAAUGGGCAGCGAUAUGGUCGUGUUUUGUGCCAGAUUCCGAGGAAUGGUCUCAGGAGACUUGGCAACUAUCCUACAUGAUAAUAAAAUUUUCAUUAUGCCCGAUGAUAUAAGACGCAAAGAGCAAGUCGUCGAUGCGGCUACCAACUCGAAUGGUGUGCUUUACUGUAAGAUACGUGAACGUCAAAAGACAGAAGUACAUGGCCUCUUUAAUCUCGAUCAUUCUUAUUACAUAUUAUUGGCAAGCGGACCAUUUAAUAAGACGCAUCUGCUCUAUCACAAAGAAUUCAGAUACAUUAUGCCAGAAGUUUCGCUAUCACAAUACGGAGGUCCUUGUAAUGAUCAAAAUACAACUACAACUAGCACAUACACAUAUGCCACCACCAAGAAACCAAAAGAUGGAAGCGCCACUAACAGGACAAGGAGAACAGGUUCACCUCGCAAAACUACUUCCAAUAACAAACCGACAGAUGGAAACGUUACUGACAAGACAAAGAACAAAACAAAUGAAGAAAAUCAGAAAGCAGGUUCAACCGCCAAAAUUACUUCCAGUAAUAAACCAAAAGAUAGAAAUGUUACGGAGGAAACAGAGAAGAAAACUGCAAUAGGAAAACAAAUGACAGGCGUAAUGUUGACAGUUAUCCUAACGUUCACUGCACGUUAA